CAUUGGCGGGCUAAUUCUCCGUUUUGUUUUUCCCAGCUUUAGACUAUAUUUGUCGUCUUCAUAGGAGCAUCGUACUACUAGCAAUUCUUCUCUUCUACAGUGCACCUCUGGAAUGGAGAAGGCAGCGGACGAACCAUGCUCCCCGUUCAAGAUUCUGAUCGCAUGUCCAUCUGGUCUUCCUCCAUCACAGGUUUCCGUAGCUUUCAGCGAGAGGUACGAUAGGAUUCCGCAUCCCGAUAAUAGCUUGGAGGAUUCCAUUUCUGAGAUUUGGGAUCAACGGCUUCAAACAAACUCGUCGUUGUUCAAUGGAAAGAAGUUCAGAUAUGGAGGAUUCGCAUUACACAGUGAAGGAGGUUGUCCGAAUGAAGAUUCUCAUGUACGCCUCCACUUAGGUUUGACAGAUUAUAGGACUUUUGUGGGAACAAACUUAAGUCCUUGUUGGGAGAAGUUCCUUGUUCCAGCCGAAGACGACCCUAUCUGCUGCCAACACACCGCAAGUCCUCUGGGUAAUGGUGCUAUUGUGGAGACAUCAGAUGGAAAAAUAGUUUUGUUGCAGAGGAGUAAUAAUGUAGGUGAAUUUCCAGGUCACUUUGUAUUUCCAGGAGGUCAUCCAGAGCCCCAGGAGCUGGGAAUAGAUUCCCAUGACCGUGUGGAAGGUUUUGCAGAUUCCAAUACUAUUAACGGAGAGAUUUCACAGGAGAUGUUUGACAGCAUUAUCCGUGAAGUUGUUGAAGAAAUUGGAGUACCAGCCGAAUCCCUUAGCAACCCAGUUUUUAUUGGUGUAUCCCGAAGAGAGUUAAAUGUUAGACCGGCUGCAUUUUUCUUCAUGAAGUGCAAUCUGGAGUCUCUAGAAAUUCAGGAAUUGUAUAAAAGUGCACAAGAUGGCUAUGAGUCCACUCAACUGUACACAGUUCCAUUGAUUGAUAUAGAAAACAUGACGUCCAAAAUGCCAGGCUGCCAUCAUGGUGGUUUUUUUCUGUACAAGCUGAUGUUACGAGCUGCCAAGGAUAACAAGUUAAUAAAUGCUGAUUAGAUCAAGUUCUCAGUGUCGUGGGGAAUUUAUCCAUGAUUAAACUCCGUGAACGUGUUUGAAAUUAGUUAAGGCAGGUUUCUGGGCAAGCUGGGAUCUUUUUUCAGAAGCCAAGUAACCAUGCAAACUUACUAUGACAAAUUUUAUGGACUUGAAAAGAUGCAACUUCAUCUCGUCAAAGUGGACAUGUAUCUGUAAAAUAAAGCAAAUGCUCUGUGAUAGAUGUAUGUGUUUAAUAAAAGAAGAUUAAAUUA